ACGGGAUUUUUAGUGCGACAUGGCGCCCGUGACUUGGGUAAUCCCACUCACCAUUACUGCCUUGCUUCUCCCUCUCAUUUUACCUUCCCAUAAUUCAAAGCAAAUGUUCCUUCAGCUGGGAGGCUAAAGCAAGCUUUUCUUCCUUCCUUCCCCAUCUACAUAUAACCCUUCUCUCUCAUUAUCCACUACUACUGCAACUGCAACUGCAACCCCUUUGGUCUUUGCUAAUUACAUACCAUCAUCGCCAAAAGCUAUGGCUACGAAAACAUUUCUUCUCCCAACUCUUGCCUUGUUUUCACUCUUUUUUCCUCUUACAGUUUCCAUCGACUUCAAUUAUCCUGCCAUUUUCAACUUCGGCGACUCCAACUCUGACACCGGUGAGUUCGCCGCCGGGCUCGGCGUUUUCCUUGAACUCCCCAACGGAGAAACAUACUUCAAAACCCCAUCGGGGAGAUUUUGUGAUGGUCGUCUCAUCAUAGACUUCUUCACCGCCCGCCGCCCUCCCCCUCCUCCUGCGUUAGCCAUGGCUUCCAUGGCAUGCAUUCUCCAUAUUCUCACCUUAGUACUGUUCAUCUGCAUCUGCUUACCUCUUUCCGAAUCCAUUCACUUCAAUUUCCCUGUGGUUUUCAACUUUGGUGACUCAAAUUCUGACACGGGUGAGCUUAUUGCCUCCGGGAUUGAGAGCAUUAACCCUCCUUAUGGACAGAGUUACUUCCAUAAACCAUCUGGGAGAUACUGUGACGGCCGUCUCAUUAUUGAUUUUCUCAUGGAUGCAAUGGACAAGCCAUUUCUAAACGCCUAUCUGGAUUCAGUUGGCUUGCCAAGUUUCCGAAGAGGGUGCAAUUUUGCAGCUGCAGGGUCCACCAUACUUCCAGCAACACCAACAUCUGUCAGCCCAUUCUCAUUUGGGCGCCAGGUGGCUCAGUUUCUCAGAUUCAAAGCGCGGGUUCUCGAAUUGCUAUCUCAAACUAAGAAACUUAAAAAGUACCUCCCAGCAGAAGAUAAUUUUGGGAAGGCGCUUUACAUGUUUGAUAUAGGCCAGAAUGAUCUUGCUGGUGCCUUUUAUUCCAAGUCAUUAGAUCAGAUACUUGGUUCAAUUCCAACAAUCUUGGUCGAGUUUGAAACAGGAAUACAGAAACUAUAUGAUCAAGGGGCUAGGUAUUUUUGGGUACACAACACGGGUCCUCUUGGAUGCUUGCCUCAAAAUAUUGCCAGAUUUGGAACUGACCCUUCAAAGCUGGAUGGGCUAGGAUGUGUCAGCUCCCACAAUCAAGCUGCUAAACUUUUCAAUCUGCAGCUUCAUGCUCUCUGUAAAAAACUGCAGGGCCAAUAUAAGGACGCAAAUGUCACAUAUAUUGAUAUCUUUUCCCUAAAGUCCAACCUCAUUGCAGAUUAUUCCCUAUAUGGAUUUGAACAACCUAUUAUGGCUUGCUGUGGGUAUGGAGGUCCACCACUGAACUACGACAGUCGCAUUAGCUGUGGGCAAACAAAGAUCUUGAACGGGACAUUGGUCACGGCCAAAGGGUGCCUGGAUAGUACUGAGCAUGUCAGUUGGGAUGGAAUUCAUUACACUGAGGCUGCAAAUGAGUAUGUCUCAUCACAGAUACUCACUGGAAAAUUUUCUGAUCCACCUUUCUCAGAUGAAAUGCCUUUCCUUCUGAAGCUCAAGUUCGAGAAAUAGAAUAUGCUUAUUAUUAUUAUUAUUAUUAUUAUAACUAAUUCAUUUUUUCUUUUUUCUGAUAUGUCAACUUCUUUGAGUAUUUGUAAGCCAUCAUUCAAAAUGAAAAGUUGGUAUCUUUACUGACUGGAAACUAGUAAUGCUGGAUGCACUUCAUCAUAUGAGGUGGGCUGUGUAGCCCUCAUCAAUUGUUUAUGUUAAAUGACGGAUAUUCGAUAUACCUCACUCCAAGCAGAUCUUUCACAGGUUGAAUUC